AUGGUAUCAGAGCGGAGGUUCGAUACGUUGUUAGAAGUCUUUGUAGCAGUCAUCAGUGGCGCGGAUCAAUUGAUUACUUCCGCUGGUUUGUUACUCCUUAUUCUCAGAUUCUUAUACUGUCAUUGUGGUUAUUUAUUCAUUGUCAACAUGGCUGGAAAGGAUGAUUCCCUUCAGUCAAUCAGUACUCGUUUGGAUGGAAAGAAUUAUACGUAUUGGAGUUACGUUAUGAAGAACUUCCUUCGUGGGAAGAAUAUGUGGGGCUAUGUCACUGGAAAAAAAAAAAAAGCAAAACCCUUAGUGCCUCAAACUGAGAAUUAUGAUUUGUUGCUUGAUGCAUGGGAGACUGAUAACUCCAAGGUCAUUACUUGGAUCAAUAACUCUAUUACUCAGUCUAUUGGUAUGCAGUUGGCUAAAUAUGACACAGCAAAAGAAGAUCGAUUGGCUCUUACUGAAUCUAAAGAGUUAAAAGAUUUCCAGCCUUACAUUGCUAGGAGGGAAGAACAACGCUUGGUCCAGUUCUUGAUGGCCUUGCGUUCUGAUUUUGAAGACCUACGUGGAACCAUUCUUCAUCACUCUCCUCUUCCCUCAGUGGAUUCUGUUGUCCAUGAGUUAAUUGCAGAAGAGACCCGUAUCAAGUCUCAUGCGGAUAAAGGUUUUAAAACAAGCUCUAUUCCUACUCCCGCUCCUGUUGUGCUUGCUUGUCCAUUGUUAGUCAACAAGGGUAAAUCUGGUCAACCUCAGUCAGGGCAACAAAAUAGGUCUGGUCAACAGAAGUUUCAGCCACGUUCCUCUGGUACACCUCCAUGGACCUCUCGUCCUCCGAAGUUUGUUGUUGCUGUUGUGCCACCAGUUGACACAGAAUCUGUUGGAAACAUGCCACCAUCUGCAUUGGAUCCCAAAGUGUUUAAGAGUUUCAUACAAUAUUUGGCCUCUAAUCCCACUGCCAUGUCUGCGUCUAUGGCUUAUUCUGGGCCUUCUUCAUCUGAUACAUCAGGUAUUCCCUCAUCUUUGUGGAUUUUAGAUUCUGGUGCAACUCAUCAUAUCACUCCUCAUUUGUCAUCAUUUGCUUCUUUGUCGCAAGUGUCAUCUAUUUCUGUUAAGUCUGCUAGUGAUACAUCUAUGCUAGUUGAGGGUGUUGGGAUCAACACACCUAGAAGUGGCUGUAAACUGGCAAAAUUCUCUGCUUUACCCUUCAAUAAAAGUAUGUCUUGUUCUACUGCUCCUUUUGACAUUAUUCAUUCUAAUGUGUGGGGUCCGGCAACAGUAUCCACAAAGGGUGGGUCAACCUAUUAUGUAUCUUUUAUAGAUGAUUAUACUCGAUAUACAUGGGUUUAUCUUAUGAAACGCAGAUCUGAUUUCUUUGAUAUUUACAGCAAUUUUAGAGCUCUUGUUAAAACUCAACAUUCGGUUGUGAUUAAGUGCUUCAGGUGUGACUUAGGGGGUGAAUAUACCUCUAAUGAUUUCACUCAGUUACUUGCUUCUGAUGGUACCAUACACCAGUCUUCGUGUACUGACACACCUCAGCAAAAUGGUGUUGCAGAACGAAAACAUUGUCAUAUUGUUGAGACUGCCUGCUCAUUGCUUCUGUCUGCACAGGAAUGUCUCCUUUUGAGAAGCUGUAUGGUCAUCUACCAGAGUACUCUUCCUUACGAGUUUUUGGAUGUACUUGUUUUGUUCUUCGUCCUCAUAUUGAAAGGAACAAGUUGGGGCCGAAAUCUGCUAUUUGUGUAUUUUUGGGCCCACAAUGUAACACAGUCUGAUCUUUUGCAUAUUGAUCCUUAUGAUGAAGAUAUAGAGGCUCGAGAUUCAUUUAUGUCACAUGAUUCCUCAGCUCAUGACACACCCACCUCUUCAGAGGGUGCCUCGUAUCCACCUGUUCCUGAGCCUGAUCCUCCGAUUAUUGAAAUCGAGGAUCCACCUCCACCACCACCCCUUAGGAGAUCUUCUCGUCCUUUCAAAUCCACCAAGCUACAAGAUUUUUCUUACUCUACAUAUUCAGGACCGUUUGCUUCAUUUAUAGCAAGCAUUCAUCUUUCUGAACCUGAAUCAUAUAAAGAAGUUGUUUUAGAUCCUCUUUGGCAGAAUGCUAUGGCUGAAGAACUCACUGCUCUCCAUCAGACUCAUACAUGGGAUUUGGUUUCUCUUCCUCCUGGGAAACAUACGAUAGGUUGUCGUUGGGUGUACAAGAUAAAGACUAAAGUUGAUGGUUCUGUUGAACGGUACAAGGCUAGACUUGUAGCAAAAGGAUAUUCCCAAUAG